UGCGUCACAGAUGACUAUUUGAACGGAACCCGAAAUGUUCGAGAGUUCAGUUAGGAACAACGAAAUUUUCUGACAUGUGCGCCGAGCAUACGACGGUGUCUCAAGCUAGAUCUCCGCAAAGCGACGGACUCGUUUUUCCCACGGUCGAGGAUGUCACCCAGAGGUCUCUGACGAAUUAAUCGCAGUUUUAAGCCGCGUAGCUCGGGCACCAGCACGCACCUCGCUGGGAAAGCUGGGAGGCGUUUCUAUUUCUUGUUUGUGUUCCGUCAUCCCGAAUGCAGUGCAGACAUCAUCGUAUCUUUGACCGUUAGGGGGCCGUGUUGAACUUCUGAGGUGUAGAACGUGGGAUGGGGCAGCGUUUAGAACAACAUGUUUUAAUUUGUUUCGUGACGGCCAGCGGCAGCUCUGUGGUGCUCCACCGUUGCUACGGAAGCCUAAGGAUGCCUAGAGCGCGCAGGCAACUCUCUCUGCGGUACGCGGAGUUGUCCUACGAGGUAAUUUGGAAGUAUUUCGUGAGUGUCUCGUAGGUCACCUCGCCGUUUUCUCCGCUGAAUACUAUGCAUUCCGGAUAUGAUACUUUUUUGAUCCAAUGAGAAUGCGCCAUCGUACAAUCUGGGUCCAAUGGGAACCCUUCAUCUUGCCGGUUGGCCAAUGAGAUGAUAGACGCUUCGUGACAAGCCUGGAUCUCAAUAUGGCGGCGGAGUCUGCCGCUCCGACGAGGGAAAGACAGGAGCGAUGCGAAGUGUUCUCGAUGGAUGCAAAGGAGCUCCUGCCGGAGAGGCAGUGGGAACAGCCAGAAGGUGGGAGGCCAUGCGCUGCUUUUCAACAGUUCGUGAGGGACGUCGAGGACCAAGAUGGCCUCGCAGCGACCGACCCCGGCCAACGUGCGCUCACGUUGACAUCGUGCUGGGUGUCGCUGAGGACGUGGCGCGAGGCUUUACCUCUCCAGGACGCUGCUCGGAUGCUGUCAGUGGAGACAAUGCGUUUUAUAAACGGGCCGUCCAACAAAAACACGCCACUGGUGUCGAAAACCCAGCUGCGCUUCGCCAUCACCGAAUGCAAGACACAGCUUUCUGCGACAUUGGCACCGUUUCUCACCGUGUGUGAAUUUCUGGAAAGGACAUCCCAGCGCCGAGGUGGUGACCCACUCAUGCGGAGACUCCUGGAUGCCACUGCUUCGAAGCCACUUCCUGAAGCCUUGAAAGCCUGUGACUCCGAAGAUCUUCUGUGCCGUCUGGAGUGCUUGCGGUUCUGGCAGAAGUAUGACGUGGUCGAGAGGAUCUGCCGAGAACGGCUGUCUAUCCUCGCGCAGCAGGAGCAGGAGCAGCGCAAUGAAGAGCGGCGGCAGACGGGCAUGGAAGUGGUGCGGGUGGGUGUUGGCGGGCAGGCCUUUCUCGAACACCUGCUCUGCGUCCUCUACCGGCAGCGAAGGAUCGAAGAACUUUGCACCGAGACUUCGAGGUUCUCGUGCCACGAAGGGGUGCAGCUGGUGCGGGGUCUGGCACAACGGGCCAACGACCCCGAGCGUGCAGACGUGGCCGAAGCCCUCGCGCACGUGUUCCUGGUGCGAGACCUCCUGCUGGCGUCUCCGUUCUGCUGCACUCGCGAGCUCAUGGUGCUCUGGUGCCAGUUACAGAGGAUACAGGGCCAUGCGGUGCCGCAGGUGGCACGGGCUGCAUUACGUCUGCUGCUGCCCCAUGCGUCCAACAGUGCGCAGUUCUACCUCUUCUGCGAUGUCCUGUGGGAACAUUAUGGAAGACAGCUGAUUCCAGUCUACCUGGAUCUUUUCGUGCGUGGGCUGACGACGGACAUCAACGCCCUCCAGGCCGCCAUGCACUGGGAGAACUGGACCAACGUUCGAGAGAUGGAGGUGCACAUGGCGGGCGUUCUGCUCAAGCUGGCGACCCUGUUCCCCGACUUGCCCGAAGUGUCGCGCGAGUGCGUCCUCAGUGCCUUUGCCCUGGAUCCCACCGAGGAGCAGCUGGCCCAGCUCGAAUCGCUCACCGAGCAAGUGGAAGUCAAGUCGACCUACAACAUCAGCGGCCAGCCUAGCUCACCCCACGAGCAAGGGGCAGGCCCCAAACUCGAGGACGUUGCGGAUGGUCGGGCGUGCCGUUGCGGUGGCCGUUGCAGCGAUGAGCCCGUGCAGCAGAAGACAAGUCCUGCCCUGGCCGACGGAAGGCCUGAAUACGAAAUGGACUACUGGCACCCAAUUCUCAACCAGCAGAUGAAUGGGGUCCCCUACAGGCUUCUCAAAGACUUUGUGACUGUUCUCGAGUGUGUGCGUCCGAGGUGUGUUAACCUCUGUUCCGACUGGCGCUGGUACUUGGAAUGCUUUGAAAGCCGACGAGCAGCGCUACGGAACCGGAGGUCUAACGAGCGUAGCCGCAGGACGCCUCAAGAAUACUGUGGCAGUGCCGACAGCGAGACGGACUCGGCCUCGGAGGAGGAAGAGAGCGAUGACGAGGCAAGACGAAGAGCUCAGCUGCACAUUAAGAAGGUCUUGGAUAGCGCAGGGCUGCCGGUCAAACGCAGGGACAAGCGAAGAGCAAAUGCUAAAUGCAAGUCGUCGCGAAAAAAAAAGAAAAAAAGCUCGAGAAAGCAUAAGAAGGAAGUUCACUUAGUAGAAAAUGCUGCUGCAGAGUUUGGCUUGACAGGUCUCGCAGAGUCUGCAGGUCUGGAGAUGAGUGGUCUUGGCUCAGCAGAGCUUGGUCUGACAAGGCUCGGUGCAACGGAGCUCGAUUCCGCUGAGCUAGGCCCAAUGGAGCUUUGUCCGACAGGGCUCGACUCGGCUGGCCUGGAGGAUGCAGGGCUAGACUCCACCGAGCUCGACGCAACUGAACUGGAAACGAUGGGCUUGGAGCCGAUGGACCUUGACCCCACAGACUUAGGGCCACCUCUGCAAGAAGAGAAAGCACACGAUUCGUUACAAGUAGGGAUGCCCAAAGUUAAAAAGAAAAGUCAGAAAAAAGUGUCGCACAAGAAAAAGGAAGGAUUUGCCACUCCUGCACCGACUGGUGGUGGGUGCUUGCAGACACUGCGCGUUGUGCUGGAGCGCUUUGACAAACUCUCGGGGAGUGCACCGAAUAACCUGGUGAACAAGAAAAGUGGCCUCCGAGUUGUGCCCGUCUUGUCCCUGCCCAACAUUUCACUAGACGACGAGUCAAAAAGGGCUUACCUAUGGACAGACGGGGCCGCAGCACCCAAGUCGCCCCUGUCAAAGCUAAACCUGCCGCAGGGUCCAGCAUAUCAAAGGGUGGCCACUGAAUUUGAAGCCCGACUUCAGACCACGCCUCUGAAGCGAUUUCUGCGGUACCAGAUCAAGAGGCCAAAGUUUUCGAGCAAGAAGGCUGUCCCUGUAAAAGUGUCUAUGCGGUCUGUGAAGGGUGUGCCAAUGACUCCUGCCACACCAGCCAAGUCGGUAUCGGUCCCCAAAGCUGUAAUGCCAGUGGCAGUCCCAAAGGCAGCAUCUGUAGUUUCUCCUAAAGCAACAGUUCCGGUGCUCUCCAAGGCAUCAACAACAUUAGCUCUGCCUAAAGUGGUCCCCGUGGCUGUUCCAGCAGCAAAAGGGGCUGCAGCACCAGUGACCAAGACCCACACCGUAGCCGCUCCCAAGGUUCCACCUGUGCCAGUUUCGAAGGCACCACCACACGCAAUUAUCACAAGAACGCAGCCAGGGACAGUUUGUAAAGCACCACCAGUUCUGGUUUCCAAAGCUCCCACUACGAUAGUCGCAAAAGCACCUGCUGUAAUCCCCUCAACACCUGUAGGUGCCACUGUUGCCAAGAACACUCCUAUGCUUGCUUCCAAGCCAAUGCCAUCAAUGGUUCGCCCCUUGAAGGACUAUGCAAAGGCUUUGAAAGGAGCAGCGGUUUCCUCAAAUGUUCCUUAUGCAGUUAAGACGAUGGGCAGUGUCCAAUCUGCUGUGCCGACCUCCACUUCUGCAAGUCAAAGCACCGUAAUGCCUGCUGCCAUGAUGACCACUGAUGCUAUUGACCUGCCCAAGCAUACUGUCGAUACUACAAUCCAGGUACAAGUACCCACAACGCCGCACAUCAUGGCUCCUGCGCCGUCUCCUCUGCCUAGCCAUGUGGUGUCGUUGCAGCAGGAGACCUUGCCACCAGUUCAGGAGUCACCACGGCCUAUGGCAGAACCUCCAUUAGGAAUGUCUGUUCCUAAUGCUGCAGUAGCAGAAGCCGCCAAACCAUCCCAGCCACAGGUGGUGCCUCAAGUAAUUGCUGCACCACAUGGGAUGCAACAAGUUAUUACAUCUACUGCAACGACCCCAGUGCAACAAUCCACUAGCAGUUGCUCAUUGCAAGGAAAUCAGCCACUCACCAUUGCCUCAUCGUGUGCUUCUCUGAUCACAAACGUUACCACUGAUGCAAGCCAAGUGCUUAGCCAACUCAAGCAAGGACAAGCCACAGUCCUUAGGCUGCCUAUCUACUCAAGAGCACUUCAGCAGCAGGUAGGUCAGGCAGGUGUGAAGACUGACUCGCCAGGUGUCUGCAUGCUGCCAAUGAAGAUUUUGAAUGCUGCCAUGCUCUCCGGCCAGGAGAAGGUGUUGAAUGUUGGGAACCAAAAGAUUGCCAUCAAUGCUCUGCCUGGACUACUGGCAGCCUCAACAAGUGGCUCCACGUCAGUGUCCGGAACCGUAGUGAGCAGUGCAGCACCCAACAUGGUUUCAGCCAAGAUUGUACCAACAAUGGUGGGUGCUCAGAACAUGCAAGCCAUGCAUCAGUUACAGCAGCUGGUGCGGCUCAACACCCUGCCAGGCACCAUGGCACAGAUGAACGCUGCUGGCGGUGCCACUGUGCUAUCGGCAGACCAGCUUGGAGGACAGGCGGGGCUUACGAACAUCACAGCCCUGACUCUCCCUCUUCAGGGCGGACUGGUUGGAGGCCGCAUCAUAGCAGGCAAGAUCAUGAUUCCCGUCAACAGCUUGCUUCAGCAGGGCUCCACUCUGUCGGCUGGAGGUAUGCCAGUCAUCAUACUCAAGAACCAGCCUGCUCAAGCAAAGAUUGUCACUGAUGCAGCAAAUUUGGCACAACAGGUUCAACAGCAGGUUCAGCAACAGGUUCAGCAGCAAGUGCAACAGCAAGCACAAAUUCAGCAGUCACUACAGGCUCAGCAGCAAGUGCAGCAGUUGCAGCAGCAAAUGAGGCAGCAGCAGCAGCAGCAGCAGCAGCAGCAGCAGCAGCAGCAGCAGCAGCAGCAACAACAACAACAACAACAACAACAACAACAACAACAACAACAGCAGCAGCAGCAACAGCAACAGGUCCAGCAAGUCCAGCUGCAGCACUUGCAGCCAAAUGGCACAGCAGUAGUGUCGAAUGCAAACACAGCGGCACUUUCAGUCAUGGAUGGCACAAGCACGGUGGUGGUUUCAGCAGCAACAACCAGUGUGUCAGCAGUGUCCACAGCGGGUGGAGUACCGAGUGCGACGGCGGUCAAGAAAACUUGGAUGCCGAUACGCAGCAAGCCGGGCGCUAUGGAGUACCGGAAGGCCUGCAACAUGCCUCCUGUGAAGGUCACAAAGGCCAAGCUGCUGGCUCCUGUGUCCUCACAGCAGCAGAUGCCCAUCGGUUACACCAGUCCUCAGGCCACGGUAUCUGUCACUGGUACUACCCGUGUGCUGGCACAGUCUGUCUGCAAGACACUCCCCAUCGCCAACCUGUCUGGCGUCACCCACCUCACCAUGCCAACCAUGCAGAUGGGCGUGCCCAUGGCUGUCGUCACUCCCAGUUCUGUGGCCGGCCAGAUCACCAUGCCUGUCACGCAAAAAGUUGUCACUCGGCAAGUGACCGUACCUCUCGCGAGAUUGCUGCAGAAGCCCACGCCUAAUGCAUGUAAACCCACCGAGGCUGCGGUGUCGGCUCUCCAGCCGCAGAGCAUCGCCGCCUCUGUUGCACAGACGCCGCAGACAGCAUCCGCUGUUCAGACUGUCCUGGCCUCUGUUCAAAGCACAGCCUCGGCAACUCCGUGCAUUGUAUCGACCCAAGCGAGCAUGCCAGUAGCCCCAGCUGAGGAAGAUGUUCAGAAGCCAACAGUUCCUGUGGCUGUCACAAAGAGUCCGCCGACGGUUGUUCCCACGACCAAGACAGUGACCACAACAGCAGUCAGUGCGGUAAACCAGCGCACUGGAAUACAUUUGCCAUUUCCAGAAGACCUGGUGGAUCCAAGUCCCAGUGGUGCCACCUAUGUACCUGUGAAUAGCGCUGAGCUGAUGCCCACUGGCCGAAGUGAGAAGCAGAAAGAGGAUGAAGAGUCCGCAAAGGCUUAUUAUCGUCGCAAGAAAGCUGCCAUGGCCCAGAAGGCGCGGUUAGCUGCACAGCCAAAACCACAGCCCCUUUCCCAGUCCAUGUCGAAGUCCCUCACCGCUAUUUGUGACGCUGUUCGUUGCAGCCUCUUGGUCACUGACGAUGAGAAGAAUAAAGUAGACGCUGAGGCAACUAUCAGAGAAUGUCAAGUAUAUGAGCUGGACUACUCCAGUGAUGACUCAUCAGAUUGUAGUGUGGAAGACUUGUAUGAAGAGAAAGCUUUGCUACGCCGUCUGCAGCACGAGGACGAGUUAAACAGCAUCCUGUACGUUUCCGACUCUGUUGCCUCCGAGCCAGAUUGUGAUCCAUACCAGUGGUCUAGUCAGUCAUCACUGCUGCUUGAACAGUUGAACUCUGACGGGGAUGCCAGGGACACCAUGACACCUUCCUCGGUCGGCGAGAGCAUUUUUGAAAGUGGCUCCAGUCUUUCCAAGAAGCUGGCUAUGAAGGCCAAGAUUUCUUCAUCUUCUGGUGGCAAUUGCCAAGAGAAUGGACUUCAGUCGCCUUCGAGGUUCACAUGUGACCGAUGCAACCGGGGGUUUUUCUCUGCAUACAACCUGCGCCGACAUCAAAAGAAUGUGCACAAAAUGGUGUUCAAGUCGCUGCAUGUGCCAUCGCAUGGCUCGAGGGACACCCCCUCUCCACAGCAGCGAGUCAUGGUGACAAAGCAGCCAUCAAGGAACACAGCAACACCCCAGCCCUACAAAACACCGAAGCACUCACCCCAGCCCCCCAAGCGCACCCUGUUCGAUGUAACUGAAGAUGAUGAGAAUUCAAGUCCGGAAAAGGUGUUCUGCGCUCAGUCUGUUGACGAAGACCAGAGGCUGUCCUUUGAGAGUCCUGGCCUUCCGUCAGAUUCAGAGGAGAGUGCUUUGUAUGGCAUCAAGGAUGAACCAUCGGAUCCUGGCAUUUCUUCACUCAUUUGCGACAAUGCAUCUUUUAACGUCAUUCCUCAGGUUCCACAAGUCUUUUUCUCAAGAAAAGAGGACAAUCAACGCGAGCUGUCUCUGUCAGAUGUGGUCACGGGAAGCGCUAAGCAGCUGGCUCCCAAAAGUCUUGUUUCCAAGCAGGUCAAAAGCCACGAUUCGCCAGAGCUCUCUAAAAACCUCGAUCCAGCGGACAUUCUGGAGUCCCUAGAAGUGGCUAAGAUGUCCGCCUGGACGUCAACAAGGGGGCCCCUAGUGAACAGGGGCGGCGGUGCCACAGCGGGGUCAAUGGACUGCGACGACGAGGUUAACGAAGUGAUGGAAGCUGAAGCUGGCUUGGAGAGCCUGCUCGGAAAGGAGGCAGGAGCCAACCACGGUGGCGACGCUCAGGAUGACAUUGACGACAUUCAGCCCACGGUGCAGCACAUGGGGAUGACGGACAUAAAGGACGAAGAGGGCCAAGGUUCGCAGGAGCCCUGGAACGCAGUCGACCAGGCAGCACUACUGGAGGGCAUCAAGGCAGUCGAGUCACUCGGCGAGUACGGGACGGACAGCCUCGACUUUUUCGUUGCGCCCCGCAACGUGAUGUCCAUACAGGACCAGGAAGGCCUGCUCAGCUUCGCCGAUGGUUCGCCGCACAUAGACGAGGAAGAUGCGGGCGACAUGAGCGAGGAGUCGGAUGGGGCGGGCACCGCUGCCUUGACCAACGAGAAGCUCAUGGAGCCCCGCGUGGAGGAAGGGGAGGAAAAACCGUGCACCAGCCACUGCCGGACACGUUCGCGGGAGGCAUCCGUCAAGCGCAGCUGCCCGUGCUGUGAGGACUCGUCACCCAAGAAGCGCCUGACGCGGAGUUCCUCAUCGAGUGGCAAGACGCGAUCGGCAACCAAGAAAGUCAGGACAAGGUGAUCCGCGGCAGAACCUCUGGUGUGAGGUGGAAGUGUGUGGGCCCCGUGACGUUGGGACCCUGGUGAGGAGCUCAAGAGUUGCUUUGCGUCUCUGCCUGUGAUAACUGUACUCGUGUGCAAUGGGCAUUGGAUUCGGGGAACACGCAGCACCGAAACGUCAGUGCCAUCAAGGGCCACCUGUGUGCGUGUUCUGUUGGGUGUGCCUCAGGAGGAAUUGCACUCAUCAUGUCGCCAACCCCCAGCCAUCCUUUUUGUUUUCUUUCUGCAGGCGGGCUUAUUGCACCAGAACAGAUGCCAACUUCAUUGUGUGUUUUCUUUUUCCCUCCCCCCUUUCAUCGACCAUUGUUGUUUUUGUGGGUUGUUUUUCAGAUGUUUAUUUGUUGUUUGGUUGAGUGUAGCCUUACACAUCAUUCUUCUGUGUGAAAGAUACUUGUGAAAUGAGGAGUUUGUUAUUUUUGCUGUGGGCUGGCUGCAAAAUGUACAUAGUGAUUGUGCCCGAGAGGGGAAAGAGAGAGUGCAGUCAUGUUUCAUCGUCGAAGAUAUAUUUUACUGAGAUUUUCUAAAGCUAAUUUAUGAGAUGCUGUGCUUGUAACUUAUUUGGCCUGCCUCAACACCUCCAAUCGACCUUUUCUCGCAAGUCCCAACAUCGAUAGAACAAGCCCUGCUGUAGCAUUCGGCUGUUGACCAGUUUAUUUCCCUUUUUUUUGCCGGGUGUUAGAGCGGAAAAGCGCAGCGCUAGUGCUCUAGGAGGCAUUUCGACGAGGCUUUCGAACGAUGGCAUGGCUUUCGAAUGCAAAGAAAAGUCCUGCGGUUGUCUUGUGUGAACAGGCAUGUUCUAGUCGUGUCUGCGUGCGGGUAGCACUCAACAAACUGGAAAGACUGAAAUCGUGCUCUGCCCUGUGCGUUGAUAAAAGUUGAGUAGUUUAUUACAUUUUCGUGCAAAAUCAUGCGGCCGAAUGGCGUUCAGUUGUAUUUUAAACUCUUGUACAUAAUGAUGCUCCUGUUCUUUGCACAUGGACAGUAAUAGUCGGCACCUGUAAAUAUCCCUGCUUGGAAGCAAGCUUCCCUUUUCUUUUCGAAAAUUCAACUGUAAAAUACUUUCACUAUACAAUAAAACUUUUUAACCUGUA